GGCGGGGCCAGACCGGGCGGCAACUGACCACUGGCGGGCGGCAGGCGGCUGGCUGCAGGACUACGCGCGGCGGGCGGGGCGCAGCCGACGCCUAAGUGGAGAGGGGCCGAGAGCGAGCUGGACUUCUGGGGACUCUGAGCCACUGACACCCUUCCCCUCCGCCCGCCACCGCUGCGCCCGCCGCCCCCCCCCCCGCCAGAGGAACGUCAGGUGCGCCUGGCCCAGUUCAUGUUGGAAAAUGGCUGGUUCAGAGGCAGACUUCAACCUGAAAGUCAUCCUGGUCAGUUUUAAGCAUUGUCUCAACGAGAAAGAAGAGGUGCUGCUGGAACACUACAUCACCAGCUGGAAGGGGCUGGUCAGGUUUCUGAACAGCCUGGGCUCAGUCUUCUCAUUUAUCUCCAAGGACGUAGUCUCAAAGAUCCACAUCAUGGAGCACCUGAGGAGCAGCCCUCAGUGUGAGCACUACAUGAGCCUGCAGUCCAUGAUGGCCUACGAAAUGGGAAAUGGGCUGGUGGACCUGGAUCGCCGCUCCCGCCACCCUGACUCAGGCUGCCGAACCAUGCUGCGCCUGCACCGGGCCCUGCACUGGCUGCAGCUAUUCCUGGAAGGCUUGCGCACCAGCCCUGAGAAUGCACGCACCUCCACUCUCUGUGUUGACUCCUACAAUGCCUCGUUGGCUGCCUACCACCCAUGGAUUGUGCGCCAAGCUGUCACAGUGGCCUUCUGCACUCUGCCCUCGCGCAAGGCCUUCCUUGAAGCCAUGAAUGUGGGGUCCCCUGAGGAGGCUGUGGAGAUGCUAGGCGAGGCCCUACCCUUCAUCAAGCAAGUAUACGAUAUCUCCCAGAGGCUCUACACUGAACAUUCCCUGCUAAAUUUGCCCUAGUGGCUGGUGACCAGGCCAGGCAGCUCUCCCUGCUUCGGGACUUGGGCAGGCCAAGGCCUGUACUCUGCACACAACUUUUUGGGUGCUGCUGUCACCCCUGCGAGCUGAGCUUGCCAGAAGCUGUGGACUUGUCCGCCUCUGAGCUGUAGCCUAACCCUCAGCUUCAGUUACACACAUGCUCAGUUCAGGCCCUCACUGAGGACCUGGUGAGUUCAGCAGCCAGAAGGGUUGUCCCAUUGCUAUGUGUGAAAGGUGUAUGAUCACAGGUCCCUUGGGCGUAAGGGCUAUGUCCUCCUCUAGCCACAUGCUUAGUUUCCCAUGCCUAUCACAGGCCCAGGACAAAGGAGGGACAGGGUGUCUGUGCCAGACAGGUAAUCUCGGUCUCCUCCAUACCCCUGGUGAAGGUCCAGGGUUGGUGGCUCUCUUCUUGCCCUUUGUCUCCUCUUUGUUGGCCUCUGCAUGCAGAAAAUGCCACUGGCUUUCUGUGUAGGGCUCCUAGAAAGUCCUGGGAAGGCCUCCUCCAGAGUCCCUGUAGGCAUCAGCUCCCAAGGGAACAUUACAAGGCACCCCAGCCCAGCUUGAGGUUCUAGGAGCUGAGCCAGGCCUCGUCCUCCCCAGCCAGCAGUGGCCACACUCUUUCUUCCCUGUCCUAUUACCCCUAUCUCCACAGUGAUCAGAACAGCCUGAUGGGGCAUGGUGUCAGAAGGGGCCAGGCCUGUGCCUACCUGACAGCUACUACCCAGUGCUUGGGGACCUGACCUCUCCAACUGGCUUUUACACUGGACUUAGGACAGACCAGAAGAUAGUGUCUAUAGGGCAGCUAGUGCAUCAAUGCGAGCUUACAGGAUAUAUCUGGUCCCUGAUGUAUGUGGUAUUCUCCAGAAUAAUAAAAUUACACUAUGGGACUGGG